AUGGUGCUGCGCAAAUCGCCCCCACCACGCCUUGAGAACAUCUCCAACAAGUGGGCUGCGCGGUCCGAGUCUCGCUCGACCACGUCCCCCGCGAGCUCUCUUCCCUCGCCUGGACAGCGUGCUCGCCUGAAUCGCAUCCCCUCCCAGGACUCAAUAUACUCCCCCGACCUCAAUACAUCACCCGCGUUCGACCUCAUGCCGCUCGAAGAGGCACAAAAGUCCCCGGUCGGGUCCCCCACCAGCUACCGCCAGAGCCCCUGGCCAGAUGACAUUCAGGAUCGAACGGCUCAGGAUCGCCCAAGAUCCACGCAGGAAGAAACAACUUCGGAUGGUAGCGGCCACUUGGUUCCAGCCGUUCUGCGGACAGGUCCACAACCAGGACCGGCAGCCGAUGGAUGGCGCGGAUCAACUCCGGAUACCUUCAACGGGGUGUCUCCCAUGCAGUUGCAGUCGAAUAACCCGUUCCUGAAGCCGCGGACGUCGCGGCCCAGCCAGGACAUGAGCGAGGAGAGCCAGCGUGAUUCGCAUACCACGUCUAGUAGUGGGCCGCUCAGCCAAUCGGAAGGCUAUAUUCCCAUGACCGCACGACUGUCUCUUUGGGACAAGCACGGGCAAGAGCCAUGGGCUGAACGUCAAGCUUCCUCUGUGCAAGACCCUGUAUUUCCUGGCGACCAUCAGCACGAUCCGGACAGCCAACUUCCGGCUCAACCGGUCAGACAGCACUCGGACCCCCAGUCGAUUUACUUUCAAGGGGAAAAAACAAACCCAUAUACCCCCUCUGUUGUUGUGACCCCCGACCCAUCCAAUAGAGACCCAUUCGAUGUGCAGCAAACCCAACACCCGCACACUCCAAGCAAACUCACCUUAGAGGCCGGAAUCCAUACCCCGUCGGCCACGAUCUCCAGUGCAAACACGGCAACCACGGCAACCUCUCACGAACUCAUCGAUUUCGAUGACACGGAUCACUUGGGCGUCGAAACAGAGUCUUAUUGUGCUCCAUCGUCUGUGUACUCGUUCGAGGGCGGCGACGGGGCCAAGAAAAGGGAGCUUAUGGACACCCCGGAGCUAGAACGGGCCUCGUAUUUCUCCAAGGUUAAUACGGAGUUGCAAAAGUUGUCGGCGCAAAGGACGAGUAUCUCUGCUGCAGAGACCGCGCGACAGAAAGAGCAAAGGUCCGAGACCUAUGCUAUUCGACAUGUCAACUGGACAGACCAGACGGGCCAACUGCAGGAAUCCUCAGUUCUUGUUCAAAACAAGAACGGGCCAUGCCCCCUGCUUGCAUUGAUCAAUGCUCUAGUACUGCGCGCCGACCCUAAGAUGCCAACACCGAUUCUCAAGGCACUGCAAUCCCGCGAGCAAAUCUCGUUGGGGCUGCUGAUCGAAGCAAUGUUCGAGGAAUUGACCAUGUGUUUGAGUCCCGAUGAGGAGUUCCCGGAUAUUGAAGCCCUAGCUCAAUUCUUGACGAUGUUGCACACCGGCAUGAAUGUCAACCCGCGUUUGACUUUGGAAUCUGCCGACUCAUUAGGCUCGUUUUUUCAAACCAGCGACCUUCGACUGUACAGUACAUUUAGGGUGCCUUUGAUCCAUGGCUGGCUUGCAUCAUGGUCUAGUCCGACGCACGAAGCCAUGUCUCGGGUCGCGCAAUAUCAUGAGGAUAUCCAGCUCUUGCCCUUCCGCAAACACGAGCUCGAGGAGCGUGUGAUGCGUGGUGAGCCUCUCACGUCAGAGGAAGAGCAGGCUAUGGCGGACAUCCAAACUAUCCUGUCAUUUGUGGACAUCGAAACCGCCACGCAGUUAAGUCCCUUCGGUCUGACUCAACUAACCACAAAAUUGGCUCCUGGCUCAGUCUCCAUCCUCUUCCGCAACGACCAUUUCUCUACUCUUUACAAGCAUCCAACGUCACAUCAACUCUACAGUCUGGUCACCGACGCAGGCUAUGCAAACCAUGCCGAGGUCGUUUGGGAAUCCCUUGUCGAUGUAACAGGCUUCAAUGCAGGGUUUCUCUCUGGCGACUUUCGUCCUGUUGGGAACGACCCUUCGGCCAUCUCCGGUCCUGCCGGUCCACGCACGUCAAGUGCUACUGCCAACCGCCCUCCUGCUACGAGUGAAGAUCCCGAGAGGAAGCUAUCCUCCCAGGAGCAAAGCGAUGCAGAUUACGCCUACGCGCUCUCUCUCCAGUUUCAGGAGGAAGAACAACGUGAGACUACCAGGAACGAUCGUCGUACCUCCAGUCAACCCUCCCCUAGCAUGAACAAUCCACCCAACCGAACAUCCAGUGCUGCCCAACCUGCCACUGGCCCUGAUCCGAAUGACCCCACUGCACCUCCUCCUUCAUACGAACAGGCGGCCAAUGGCCCGGCAUAUUCACCACCACAGCAGAGGAGAUACCAGGCUACACCGACGAAUCGAAACCGGCACUCGCAGGGCCACCACCCCCGCCGAUCACCCGGUGCCAUUCCCGUCGGGAGUUAUGAUCGAAAUAGAGAUCGGAACAAAGAUUGCAUCGUUAUGUGA